AUGAGCCACCCCAACUUGGCGAUGCGCUUGGGCACGGCGUGGCUGGGCACGGCGUGGCUGGACCCGCCGGAGCGCCCCCCGGAGCGAGUGUGCGCGCGCGCGCGGCCUGAUCCGGGAAACAGUUGGAGAAUCCCGAAAGCGCGAGGAAGGGCGAACGUAGGUGCCCGAGUCUCCGCGGCGGCGGCUGGGCAGAGCGGCUCAGAGACCUCGGAGGGGCUGGAGUCACGGACCCUGCGGCCCUCGGCUGCCCCGGGCGCGCGAGUCCAGACGCGGAGAAGCCGGCGGCUCCCGCGCUGGGAGAACCGGUUCGUACACAGCGGUCCUUGGGGGCGCCGGACCGACGCAGCCUUCUUGUUCGCGCAGUGCUGUCAGCCUGGUGUCUGA